AUAAAACUUUCCAGCUGGAUACGACGCCUGUAUACUAAGCAGCUUCCGGAGCUAAUGCGUUGGUUGUAAUCCACCAGGAUAUAUAUAGCCUGCCUGCCCCUCCGCAGGAGUGUUUGGGAUACCCUGCUGGCCCGGCUGCAGUGAAGCUGAAUCAUAGGGAUUACCUGUCGUGUUUUCUAGAUCAUUCUGUCCUGACAAGUCUCUAGACAUCUCAAACAGCGUACAGCAGCCUGCAGUGAUAAAGGACGAACUGGGAUUCUGGAAUCCCUGUCAUUGACAACUAUCAAACCAAUACCGCCAAGAACACUUCGGAAACUUUUGAUUCUCAAACAUGGCGGGAUCAAAUCUGAUGCUGCCGAAAAUGGCGGAUGGAUUCCUUGGACCUCAGGCAAAGUUUGAGGCGUACGGAUUGAGGACGAUGAGCCACCCAGAGCCUGUUAUAGUGUUGCCUGGAAAUGAGGUGGAGGUGAAAAUGGAACGCACCCAGCCCAUGAAAAUGAUGGCAAAGCUGGUUCCGUACGGGAUUCCUAAAGAAUGCGUGAACCACGUGCUGAUGAGUGUGGACGAGUCGGGAACGAUCGUCAGCUUUAAGGUAACUAUCCCUGGCACUGGCUGGUUCAAGCUCAACAUCUUCGCCCUACCACCUUCCGAAGCAGGUCCUAAACUACUGGGUGUUUACAACUACCUCAUCAAUGUCGAGAACAUCUCCAUCGAAGGUUACCCUUUCCCCAAGCAGCAUGCGCAAUGGAGGGACGACGGAUGUUACGUGUGGGAACCAUUGAUAUUACACGCCGGAUUCCGUGUUCCGGGGGUGCACUUUAAAUACCGACUUCCGAACGCUGCCAAAGCGGCUAUUCGUAUCGGAAAUACCAAUGACUGGAUUAUGUUAGAACCAGGCAGUGAACGAGAUGUGUGGGAAGGUAGCGGAGAUCUCAACGGAAACUAUGCCAAAGACACCAAAGUUAAAUUGAACGUUAAUUACGGCGGAGCGAACUGGAACACACUGCUGGAAUACACAAUCUAGAGUUCAUGUAAACUAUAAUUUGACUGCACCAUUUAUUAUUUCAAACCGGUCGUAUAUAUAUAUAUAUAUAU